AUGGAAGAAAGAAAUCUCCCAAAAUCCUGUGACAUUCUGGCAAGAUUGAAUAAGAAUGAACAGAAACUCUUUGAGAAUCAAAAUCAUCAUAUAAAACCAUUGCCUAUCAAGUUUGACGAAGUGGAUGCAGAGAUUUUAAUAAACAAUAAAAGUCUCACCAAUGACUUGACAAAAAUCAACUGUUGCAAUAGCCCCUCAAAAAUAUUAUUAUCUUCAAAGGAGAUUCAGAAUUCAGAGGAAAAUGAGGAACCAUGUUCUACAAAGCAGAAUAAUCAACCACCCUCACCAACCACUCUACAAUGGGGUAAAGCUAUAGCUGAAGUGAAAGAACAUGCAGUAGCAAAAUUACAAGAUGAACUUAAAAGGGCUCAUGAUGAAUUGAAAUUGAAGGAUGAAGAAGUCACACGACUUUCGAGGAUCAAGCAGGAUGUUGAAGCAGAACUGGAGGAACUCACUGCCAGCCUUUUCCAAGAGGCACACAACAUGGUUAGAGAAGCAAAUGUGCGUCAGGCUACGGCGGAACGCCUGUUGGAGGAAAGUCGUAUGAAAGCUGAAGUUUUGGCCGCCGAAGUGGCAGCUCUGAAAACAUUAGUAUUAACUUCAACACCGGCUAAACCUAACUUCCAUUUACAUCCGCAAAUUGACACAAAAAGUCGUUUGAAUAUCGAUGAUGGACAGCAGGGUCUUUUCGCGAGAAAACAUCGAAGAUCACCGUCGCAUUUCAAUUUAAAAUACGGUCGAGAGAGUUCUCCACCGGAUUCCCCGCUAAAGGAGCAAAGACCGUCUUUACCAUCUGAUCGAGAGUCUCUCGAAAGAGAUUGGAAGAAAGAUACGGAUAAGGAAAAAGACAAAGAAUGCAAGGAUUUCGGCCUUGAAGUUGAUCCUAGGGUUCACACAGAAUUCCUUAAAUGGAAAUCUAAUCCAUGCGUAGACAAAGGUGAUCCUUUUGUUGGUAGAAUUUUUAAAGAAGACAUCGAUCUUUGCCUUGAUUUCCCUAAUAAUGAAUUGGGUAUAAGAGUUAAACAAGCCGUUCUCGAUGGUAUCAUCUUCAUCGAAGCAAUUAGCGACAAAACUAAGUUUACUUUUCCAAAGAAAUGCGUAUUACUGGAAGCACCGCGACAAUGUUAUUAUCGCAUGAGACUUGGGGAUCAAGAAAAUCAGUGGUACAGCAUAUCACAAAUCUGUCGCAACCGCAUCAUAGCUGUCUGUGAUUUCUUGAAUUAUCUACGUUACAUCGAGCGUGGCCUUGUCAAAAGCUCAGUUCACGAUGUUUAUUGGGAAAUUACGCGGUUAAGGAAGGAAAUGGCGUUUGCACGAUUGGGCCUCGCAUUGUCAUCUUAACAUUCUCCACAGAAGAUUCUUUCUACCCUCAAGUGUGACAAAUUAGG